GUUGUUGUUACAGCGCUGAAGCUUUAACGGGGAGCGAUGGCGGAUACCGUAGCGGAUACGAGGAGACUAUACACCAAACCGCAGAACCUCAGCGAUGCAUACGGACCGCCGAGUAACUUUCUAGAGAUCGACGUCGGCAACCCCGAGACGGUCGGCGUCGGUCGAGGGAGAUUCACUACAUAUGAAAUCAGGCUGAAGACAAACCUUCCCAUCUUCAAGCUGAAAGAGUCGUGCGUCAGGAGGAGGUACAGCGACUUUGAGUGGCUGAGAGGAGAGCUGGAGAGAGAGAGCAAGGUGGUUGUCCCCCCUCUGCCUGGGAAAGCUCUAUUUAGGCAGCUCCCAUUCCGCGGGGACGACGGCAUCUUUGAUGAUUCGUUCAUCGAGGAGCGGCGGCAAGGCCUAGAGCAGUUCCUCAAUAAAGUGGCUGGCCAUCCACUGGCUCAGAAUGAGCGUUGCCUGCACAUGUUUCUUCAGGAUGAAUCAGUGGAUAAAAACUACACCCCCUCCAAAGUGAGACAAGCCUGAACUGCCUACACUAGAACUCGCCACACAUUUGGAAUAAGGCUCAAUCACCCAGAACUCUUCCCCUGGAAGGAAAAACAGCCCAUCUAAAUCGUUCACUCAACAUACUGCAUACUGUCCUGAGCAAGAAAUGUCUUUGAUGCUGAAACUUACAACAGAAAAAACAAACCUUGAAACAUCUCACCAUCAGACUUACUAUACAGUGAAUUCCCAACGUCCUUUUAUGUGAUCAGUGCUCACUGCUCCAGCAAAUCACUGUUCUCUUUUCGUGCUCUGAUUGCUGAUCAAGUAAAAUACUGUCGCUCACUCAGAAUCAGAUCAAAGACAUCAUGAAUGGCAUCUUUAUGUGUAACAAUUGUGGUUAUUUAUGAUAGUUUUGUGUCUGCAAGCACCACUAACAGAUUUUUAUGUAGCUCAGGAUAUGUAUCUUCACAAAAAACAUGAAACGAAAUUGAACCAAAAAAUAUAUAUAUAUGCAUUUAUACAAACAAUAUUUACUGGUGUUAGAUUAAAUCCUACUGAGUUUGCUUUAACUGAAAUAACUCUAAGAGUAGAUUUAACUCUGUAGGAGUUACUUUAACGCAGGUGAUUACAUUUGUUUUUUUUCCUGAUACACACACUUGCACUGCUCUUAACUCUGAAGAACACAAACCGCAACUAGUCCUUCUCUCACAGGGCAGAACUCACUUCAGUGACGCAUUUUUGUUGUGAAGCGUUUGAAUAUGCGACGUGUGUAUGUAACAGCCAGCACUUGCCGAGCCUCAGUAUGAUUGUGUUUUGUUUUUUCUUUUUUUUUCCUUCCUUCCUUCUGAUUGAAGCACAUGAACGCAGAAGGCUGUGGUCGGCGCAUGUUUUCAGAUUUGUAUACUGCUGUGCCAUUAUUUGUUUGUUUCUGAAGAUUUUCCAAUAAAACUGGUCACACACAGA